CUGCAACCAACAAUUUCCAGCUUCAGUUUGCUGGCAGCCAAGAAAACGAAUUUGAACGGAUAUAAAUUGCUAAAACAUCCUAUCGGACCGUUUCAGUCCGUUGCCGGCGGUUGGCGUGAUAAAAGCGCGCGUGUACUAGACGAGAUCGGGUUGUUCGCAUGUGACAGGAUCAGCCGAUCCCUGUUGUGUGGUGGAGUAAAAGAACGGCUUUUGAGUGAAAGUGAACAGCUGACGCCCUAGCAAAGAAUAUUCAUUCACAGUUGAUCUUUAUGAGUGUUUGAAACGAAUUAGUGCCGUGGGUCAUUUAUGAUACAUAUACGGUAACAUUUGCUGAGAAUAAAAGAAUCAAUUCUGCAAGAAAUUAUAGUGGAUACAAACAUAUUGACUAUUAGUGUAAUACAAAAUGUUGCUUAUUGGCUGCGUGUUAUGGACCUGCUUGCUCCCGCUAGUACCAGCCGAACCGGAAGUGCCAUCUUCAAGUAGGCCUACCAAUCUGGAAGAUAUCGAACGAGAUAAUUUGAAAAGUGAACGACACUUGGCAUUCAAAAAAGAGGCCAUUCCACCGCCCCCACAAUACCGUCCAUCGUCAUCACAAAGUAACAAUCACUAUUCGGUUCAAAUAGAGCAUCAUCCCGGCGGAGCAACAAGCCACAUCGGUAUCAACUAUGUUACACCGGUUCCGUCCGCGACGGGAGUAAUUUACGCGAAAGAAUACCCCGUGCAGUACCAACAGAAGGUACCACAGGUUCACGAGGAUCACUCCACGUAUACCGUACCAUCGCGGCAAUCGUUGAUCCAACCGAUCAUUGGAGGAAGUGCUCCUGCCAGUACCUAUCAAAAUCCACAACCUCAGUAUGUGUACGUGCAGGCUCAGCCACAACAGAUACAACCACCGCAAAUUCAACCACAGCAAAUUCAACCACAGCAGAUUCAACCACAGCAUAUUCAGCCCCAACAGAUCCAACAGCUGCACAUCCAACCGCAACAUUUCCAGCAAUUUGCCAGUCAUAGUUUACCGCAACCAGCGGUGCAAAUUUCACCACAACAUCAACAAUCUUAUAUCAUGAUACCGACCACUUACUACCAGCAGCCCCAUUCAGCUCAGCAGUAUGCGGCCUAUGCCAACGAUCCGAACAACAACGUGGAUACUUAUUCGCAUGGUGAAACUGGAAGCAGUGGUCCUCCCCAACCACCAAGUGGUCCAUCAGCUCCAGAAGCCCCAUUGAAGCCGCAUGGUGUUGUCUAUGCGUCACCAUCUUCUACACCAUCUCCAUUCCGGCAGCAGUCUCCAUCAGCCGAAUUUUCCAUCGUGAAAAGCGUUGAGCCCCAAAUUUUCCUGCCAUCGGAUAGUCACCUUAAUUCCGGCGUACAAUACAGUCACUCACCAGCCAGGCCUGCUCAUCUCAUUCAUCACGAAACGCACACAACCUAUCCGUCGCUAACUCAUCCGAACACCGGUAUCCUGAACUAUCUUGGAGUCCAUCACAAAGCACCGACAAGUCUUCUUGAUUCUUACGUUCCAAGUUCUCUUCAGUUAUCGCCAAUUAAAGCUUUCGCUCAUCAAACUAGACCUCUUCCAGCCCUACACUUACAUCGACACUACCCGGAACACCACCAUCUUCACCACCAGCCCUACCAACCACAACUAUUCUAUCAACCGCCCUAUCCAGUAUCCCAUUCAGCCUACCCGGUCUAUCCGAGUCACGUAUCACCAGCCAUAAGUCACCACACUCCGGUGACGGCUUCGAGCUAUAAUACAAUUGCCUACUCAGUCCCAUUGACGCACACUAAAACGCUCUCGCAAUACAAACGAUCACCGAUGCUGGAAACUAUGGCUGGGGUCCGGUACUCUAAUCCCAGGGCACUUGCAGCCGGAUCCGGAUCCAGCCAUGCCGGAGGUGCCACUACGAAGCUGCAACCUGCUGCUAAGUUAGUUUAGGCUUACUAGGACAGGUCUCGAUUGUAAGGUGUAACUUGCUACGGUUACUAGUUAUUUCAGGCAAACAUUUGUAGAAUAAGUUAAACGUAUUCAAAGGUUCAUGAGAUUUCGGAAGGAGAUAAGUUACCUUAAUUUUAACAGGUUCACUUUCCAGCUAUGAACGAAUUUUUUUUAUAAGAAACUAAUUUAAAAGUGACCCCAAGCUGGUUUUAACUGUACAUAAAAGUAUUGCUUAAGAAAAAAAAUAAUUAAAAGAGUGAUUUUCUUUGUGUAUAAUUUAUUGAAUCUUCGAAAGCGGAAAUUGAAAGUGUAUCACAACUGCGAGAUAAAGUGGGACAAUAAUGGUUUAAUGGGUUGUAGUAAUAACACUGGAGUUUCGGUAGAGUCAAUAGAGUCGAUGCUAAUUUCGAAAGUAGCAUUUACUACAUGUUCGAACUUGUUUUCAUUCAUACCUACACUGCAUUUUACUCCGUGGAGAUACUGAAAACAGUCUGUUAUUUUACGAUAUUUUAUUCAUAUGACCCAAUGGAUUCCGGACGCUCAACGAUUUAGGGCUUUUAUUGAUCCCCCAUUCACAUUUUUCAAACGUUUAGUUUUUCUCUCUCUCUCUCUCUCUUGUUUGUCUCUAAACCUAACAAACAUCCACCUAGUGGUGUGAUAAUGCACAGAAAGAAAUAAUGAGAUUUACACGACAUGUAUAUCAAUAGUACAUGAAAUAGACAUCGGUUGAAUCUAAAUUGUGAUUGAAAGCAAUC